AUCUAUUUCAUGCGAUUGAUGAUACGCCACGUAUCAUAUGUCUGCUAGUCUCAUGCAGCCCUCCAGGAGACCCCUCCUCCCCCCUUUGUAAGUUCCCCUCUCUCUCUCUCUACCGUCCUCCUUGUCCACCCAUCCUCCACGUGCAUCCGUCCAAUCUAUCUACAAGCCCUCCGCUGCCUCCUCCUCCAUAGGGACGCCAAUCUCAAUACCCACCGACUCCUCCUCUCUCUCCGCCCCCGAAUCUGCCGCCUCAUCGAUGGGCUCACAGCCGUGCUGGCUGUCGCCGGCGUCCGAAGAGUUCUCGGACUCGUUGUCAGCGUCGUAUGUGUGGUUGACCUCGGCCAGGUACUUCUGCCCCUCCUUGUGCAGCGUCGUCAGCCGCUGGGCCUCGGCUGCGAUGCUGUCAAGGAGGGCCUUGGCCUCCUCGGGAGCCGACACGGACUGCAACGCCUCGAGAGUGAACCUGGCCACACACACAUGCACAGAUACGUGGAUGGAUACCACAGGUGCGUCUGUGUGGCACUUGGGUUUGGCGGCCUUGACAAGCUGCUGCUUUUCGUCAGUGAGCCUGCACCAACACACAACACGGCAGGACAACCGGUGACACACAUCAUGACAUGAUGUGUGUCAGUCUGGCCGGCUGGGGCUUCACCCACCCCACCGACCACCGACCCUUACUACUUACUUUUUGCACAUGAUGUCUUUGUCCUUGACCUGUCGCUCCAGGCCCCGCCUCGCUAGCUCCGUCCCUCGCAGACGCGACCGCAUCAUCUCCAAAUCCAUCACCAACAUGCCCACAUCAUGACCAUGGCCACCCACCCCCGGCACCCCCACGCCACAGCCCCCACUGACAAUGACAGACAGAGCAAAGCAACAGCAGACAGAACGACAGAACGAUCAAAGCACAUGUCUUGCAUCUCUCUCUCUCUCUCUCGAUGCCGCUGUGUGUUUCCUUCCCUUCUCACCUGUACGUCGUCCCUCUGGCCGGUUUGAACUGUGGGCCGCGUCGAGCCGACACGGGCGGCAUAUGCAGUGGUGUGGGCAGCAGGGCGUUGUGAGGUGGAGGCGGAGGGGGUGGAGGGGGAGGGGGCUGGUACGUGUACGUGUCGAUCGUGGGCAUCUGGUAGGGGGGGACGGGAGGGGGGAGGGGGAACAUGGACCUCGGGGGCGGGGGGUAAAACAUGGGCGUCGUCUCUGAAAAGAAUUGGGAAUUGGGAGAGAGAGAAGGGUGGAAGGCAAGCGUGUAGGUGCUUUUUGUGUGUGUGUGUGUGUGUGUGUAUUGCGGUGUGUUGUGACCUGGGUAGUUGGGGUAGUUGUUUGUGGGUGUAGGUUGCGUCAUGGCCACCAUACUGGGCAUACUCAUGCCGUAGCCGUCGUACUCAUCCAUGCGAUGGAAACUGCAUUAUGGAUGCCAAAGCGUUCAGUGAAGAAACAAACGACACAUCGCUUCAACGACAUCGAGCCAAACAAGUGUUUUGUCUUUCCCCUCACUGGUUAUCGUUGCUAUGGUCGUGGUCGAAUGGCAAGUGCUUGAGCUCGCUGGGCGCGUGGGCGUCCACACAACUGACGUCGUAACUCGGCUUUGCCUGCAUCCACAUACCCACACACGCACACAACCUGAUGGUGCGAUGGCAGGCUCGAUCACGCACCUGCAGUGGCAGGUUGCACAGCGCUGUCUUGCGCAGGUCAGGCUUCUCGCGCAACUCCCCCUGCCCAUCUGAUACACACACACGGACACACCAUCACCCCCGCCCACAGAUGUCUUGAGGGAUGGACGUAUCAGCCUGCCGACGGCCGACCGACGUACGUGCGAAGUUGCAGUGGUUGCCCAACGAACAAAUGCCCGACAUGUGGAACUUCGUCUUGCGCAGCGCCGCCAACGUGUCCUGACGCACCGGGGGCGGACGCCCGCGCACACCACCACGCACGCCCCCCCCCCCUCCCCCUCCCAUUCCCCCUGCCAUCUCCAUGGUUAUGCCCACCCCUCCCUUCCCCUGCGGGCCUCUGUUGUGUAUGUCAUAGUUGGCCGUGUCUGCGCUGUUUGUGGGGGUGAAGUCGGGGCCGUUCUGUGUGUAGGGGUGCUGCUGCUGCUGCUGGUACUGGUGGUGCUGGUACGGGUACUGCUGGGUGGUGGUGCUGGUGUGUGUGGGGGUGGGUGUGGGGUUGUAGGGGAUGAAGUCGGCUGUCAGCGGCAUGGGCUCACGGUAAGUACACGCCUGCAAAUGGAUGGACGGACGGGACCGACGUUAGGCGUGCGAGCGUGUGCGUGUGCGUGUGCGUGGAUGGGCGUGCGUGCGUGUACCUGUUUGGUGUCCAUCGGAUCGCCCCGCCCCUGCUGCACCGCCACACCGUCGUCCAUCCGCACCACAGCAGUGGACUCCUGGGCACCCGGCCCCGCCGAACACAAACUCUUCUCCACCUCUAUCCACAGAUCACGCCUGCACACAUCAUGACACACAAGACGUAUACAAGGGUAUACAUCUUCUGUGUGUGGGUGUGGGUGUGGUGUGUUGCCGGUCUUGUGUGUGUACCAGAAGUCGUUGAACAGUUUCUCGUAGUGACUGAUGAGCGAAGAUGGGUCCAUGGAGAUGGGCGUGGCCGUCUGGUGGGCCAGCUGCUGCAGCAGGCCGUGCACCGCCACACACCCACUCGACGAACCAAUCCUGCACGCAACCACGCCAAGAGAGAUCCAUGGUCUUUGUUGUGUCCGCUGCCCUUCUCCUUCCCAGGCGGCCCUCCCUUACUUUUUGAUUUUGUGUAUGCAUUGCUCGACGUAAGCGUCGCUCAGGCCGAGCUUCAUCUGCAAAUCCACCAACGUCCUGCACACACACUCAUACAUACGGAUGCCAUCCAGCAUCGCAGGGGGAGAUGGAUGGAUGAUCCAUCCAUCUCCCUCCCAUUCCCUCACCUCACGAGAUCUCCCCGCUUCAACUCCAGGUACAGGUGGUCAUGGUCAUGGGUGUGGCUGUGCACCGCAUCUCUCCCGCUGCCAGAAUGCCCUCCCCCCAUCCGCAGGCCGCCACAACUGCCACUGCCGCCCCCCUGCUGCGCAUCCAAUGGGGUGACGUAGCCCGUCUGGCGACCUGGAGGAACGAAAUACGUGCCCAAUGCGGGCACGGAUUGCUCACCGUUCUGCGCCAACAUCACGGUUGUUG